AUGUUUUUUGCUAGGAAUAAGAGGGCCAAGACCCUCAUCCUGACGGUGGUAGUGAUUUGCAUUGUGCUGUUUUUCUCCACCUCCACAGGCUCUCAGCAUUUGUCCAAGCUGAAGCUCCCUAACUCGGCCUCUUACUCUAUCUAUGGCACCUCAAAAACCACAGACGGGACUGCAGAGUCGCCACUUCCAAGCUCAUCGCUCGAAGAUGCUGAAAACUUGAAGAAGCUUUACUUCAACCCUUCGCAAGAAGGCACCAUUGAUGGCGGAUCAACUGGUAACACAAAAGGCUCUAAAAUUUCCUCGAUCGACGAAUCCAAGGGCCAGAGAACAGACGAUAGAUCUUUCCCUCUCACAGGCAACCAAUCGCCAACGGAGGACUCUCUUAACAAGAUUACUCCUGAAGAUAUCAUCAGAGGAGAUAUCACGUUCCAAAACUACUUUAUCGAGAUUUUCGAAACCAUGAAGAAAAACUCUUUGAGCUAUCCUCUGGCUGAAAGACAGGUUCUGAAAGAUGGAAAGCCUUUCAUUGAGAACGUCUUGUUUUACGCUCAGACCUGGGACAGACUCAGUGAGCACGACUGUUCUGGCUUCCUCAAUUUCCCUGCCCAGUUUGUGAACGACUUGACCCUCAAGCACGAGACUGUUGUCAGCAGCUUGCCGAACACCGCCCCAAAAUUCUAUAAAGGCAGUGGUUACGUCAUUGUUGGUGGUGGCAAGUACUCCUGGUUUGCGCUGCUUGGUAUCGAGACUCUGAGAAAAGUUGGAUCCACUCUGCCUGUUGAGGUGAUUUUACCGUUCGACUCUGAUUACGAGUUCGAGUACUGUGACCAGAUUUUGCCUGCCUUGAACGCAAGGUGUGUGGAGAUGACGAGAGUGUUUGGAAAGGAAACUUUAAAGAAGUUCGAGGUCAACGGGUACCAGUUCAAGCCGUUUGCGCUUUUUGCAUCUUCUUUUGAGAACGCCUUUUUCUUGGACUCUGACGCUUACCCUGUUGGAAACCCAGACGUUCUGUUCCAAUCGGACCUGUACAAGGAGUACCAGAUGAUCACGUGGCCAGAUUUCUGGAGACGUACCACUUCUCCAUACUUCUACCAAAUCACUGGCCAGGAAGUUGGUCCAAAACAGGUCAGACACAUCAACGACGUGUUUACCGAUCCAAAGUACUAUCAGAGCGAGGACAACGCUGAUCCAUACAACAACAUUCCGUUCCAUGAUAGAGAGGGAACCAUUCCUGACUGGACAACCGAGGCUGGAGAGAUGUUGAUCAACAAGACCCUGCAUUUCAAAACUUUAUUACUCGCUCUUUAUUACAACUUCGACGGUCCUUAUGGAUACUAUCCUCUUCUUUCGCAGGGAGGAGCCGGAGAAGGUGACAAGGAGACGUUUGUGGCUGCAGCCCACUAUUACGGACUGAAGUACUACCAAGUCUACAAGAUGCCUGACAGAGCGUACGGAUGGUUCAACCACGAACAGAACUACGAGCACUCCAGUAUUGUUCAGUACGACCCGUUGACCGAUUUCAAGAACUUACAAGACGUCAAGGAGAACAUCCGCCGUGCCAUCGAGGAGGAAGGUGAGUCGUUCCACUACGAGUAUGAUCGCUUUUUCCACAACUACUUCCUCCCGUCGAACUCUAAAGUUCUAUUUUAUCACGUGCAUGAUCCAAAGAUGGAUCCAUUUAAUAUCGUCGAUAACAGAUUCACAUUCGACCUGGAUGGUAACCGGAUCAGAAACCUUGGUGAGGACUUCCCUAACUUCGACUUCGACUUGGAGAACUUUAUCUGGAACGUCAUCAACCACUACGUGUGCGAGAAACGGAUCAAUUUCAAGCAUUUUGAGAAUGCCAAUUGGAAUUCCCUGUGUGACGGGUUCAUCCAGGAUCAGCUCUCCUUCUUGUCCGAGUCUUCUGCACGGAUUUUCCGCGAUCAUAACAAGACUCCGCCUGCCGAAGCAGAAAAGACCGUCGAGGAGCCUGCCAAGGUUGAGCCUGCGGAGAAGGUCGAGACUCCAGAAGAUGUUGCUGUCGAGUAA